CAGCAUACGCCAGGAUUACCUCCGCCUCCCUGCAACCAAACGCACGCCGCCGGUUCUGACCUCGCAUCCUUUUGUUUCUUUCUCCCGGCCUCUCUCUCGUUUUCCCUGCUUUUAGUUCCCCUUCCCCCAUCCUGGAUAGUGUCGUCACUGUUCUGGCUGGAGUCGACUCCUGCCCCAGCGUAGGCAUCUGGACCUCCCACUGACCCCUCGAGCCACCACUCGCCAACCUUCCCCACGACUCUCAACCUCUGGAUGCCUCACGACGGUUGGCCAAGCUCCAAUUGUGCCAAUUGAUCCGGCGACGAAUCUUGCGACGCCGACCCAAGCGUCGACCCCGGCGACAUGUCGACCGCAAAGGAAGCCAGUGAGCUCAAGCAGCAAGGAGUUCUCGAAGCUGCCGCCGACCCCCAAAGCUCAGUCACUGCCGACGACGCCCAGAAGGCGAUAGUCGAGGCGUCCAAGAACGCCGGUGUCGCGGCCUUCACCUUCGACCCCGAUGCCACUCCCGAACAGAAGCGAGCCCAGGCCAGAGCUGCCAUCCCACGCGAGCUCCAGAACAGUCGACGACCCAAGGGCGCGGCCAUUAUCACCGAUGUUGAUGAUGGCACCGGCCCUGUCGAGGACCUACCCGAACCGAGCAAGGACGGUGUACUAGACGUUGCCCGUGAUGAAGACGGAAAGCCCCUCGCUGAUGGCGAGGACCCUGCCUCUGGAGAGCCUCCCUACUCGCGCACAGGAUGGGCUCCCAGGCUCGGGUGGCCCACGGACGAGAUGCUAGAGCAGGAGAGCUUGCUCGACCAUGCGACCUGGGUCGAAGGCCAGCUCCCAGAUCACCUCUACGGUGACUGGUACCACAACACCGGCAUCAUCAUCUUCGCCUGUAUCUCGUCCUGGGUCGUGGCCGUCUUUGGUGGCGGCCUCGCUUGGGUAUUUCUCGUCAUGGCCAUCUGCUCAACCUACUACCGGACUUCCUUGCGCCGAGUACGACGCAACUUCCGCGACGAUAUUGCUCGUGAGAUGUCCCUCAAGAAGCUCGAGAACGACAACGAGUCGCUAGAAUGGAUCAACUCGUUCAUGGUCAAGUUCUGGCCCAUCUACCAACCCGUCCUCGCCCAGACCAUCAUCAACUCAGUCGAUCAGGUCCUUAGCUCUGCCACCCCGGCCUUCCUCGAUAGCCUGAAGCUCAAGACCUUCACCCUGGGCACCAAGCCCCCGCGCAUGGAGCACGUCAAGACUUAUCCCAAAACCGAGGAUGAUAUUGUCAUGAUGGACUGGAAGUUCAGCUUCACCCCGACUGACACCGCCGACAUGACUGCCCGACAGGUCAAGAACAAAAUUAACCCCAAGAUUGUCCUCGAAAUCCGCAUCGGCAAGGCCAUGAUUAGCAAGGGCCUCGAUGUCAUUGUCGAAGAUAUGGCCUUCUCCGGCAUUAUGCGCCUCAAGAUCAAGCUGCAGAUUCCCUUCCCGCAUAUCGACCGCGUUGAGAUGUGCUUCCUUGAGCGACCCACGAUUGAUUACGUCUGCAAGCCCCUCGGUGGUGAUAACUUUGGCUUCGAUAUCAACUUCAUCCCCGGUCUCGAGACCUUCAUUUUGGAGCAAAUCCACGGCAACUUGGCACCCAUGAUGUAUGCACCCAAUGUCUUCCCCAUUGAGGUGGCCAAGAUGCUGGCUGGAUCUCCCGUUGACCAGGCGGUUGGUGUCCUCGCUGUGACUCUUCACGGUGCCCAGGGCCUCAAGAACAGCGACAACUUUGGCGGAACUGUCGAUCCGUAUGCCUCGCUGAGCCUUAACAGGCGCCAGGAACUCGCCCGGACCAAGACUAUCCACGACAACGCCAACCCCAGAUGGAACGAGACACAUUACAUCAUCAUUACCUCUUUCAACGACUCCCUGGAUAUGCAAGUGUUCGAUCACAAUGACUUCCGCAAGUCCAAGGAGCUCGGUGUCGCUUCUUUCCAGCUCGAGAGCAUUGAGGAUCUGAACGUGUACGAGAACGAGCGCAUCGAGGUCAUUGCCGACGGCAAGGCUCGCGGCGUCAUCUCUUGUGAUUUGCGCUUCUUCCCUGUUCUCGCGGCUACAACCAACGAGGAUGGAAAGGAGGAGCCCGCCCCCGAGUCCAACCAGGGUAUUCUUCGGUUCACUGUAGAGCAGGCCAAGGAUCUGGACGGCACCAAGAGUCUCGUCGGUCAGCUUAACCCCUAUGCCGUCAUGUUCCUCAAUGGCAAGGAGAUCCACCAGACCAAGAAACUCAAGCGCACCAACAACCCUAUCUGGGACAACGGCUCCAAGGAAAUUCUCAUCACUGAUCGCAAGAAGGCCAAGCUCGGUCUCACGGUCAAGGACGAGCGAGACCUCACUGGUGAUCAAGUCCUUGGCAAGUACCAAAUCAAGCUCGAUGAGAUGUUGGAGUGCAUGGCGCAAGGAAAGGAAUGGUACAACCUGGCUGGCGCUCACACCGGCCGUGUCAAGAUGAUGGCACAGUGGAAGCCGGUAGCCAUUUCCGGCAUUGCCAGCACUGGCGGCUAUGUCACUCCCAUCGGUGUCAUGCGCUUCCAUUUCAAGAAGGCUACUGAUUUGCGCAAUUUCGAGGCGUUCGGAAAAUCCGAUCCCUAUACCCGUGUUUUGCUCUCCGGUAUUGAGAAGGCUCGAACAGUCACCUUCCGAAACGAUCUCAACCCUGAAUGGGACGAGGUCCUCUAUGUGCCCAUCCAUUCCGCUCGUGACAGACUUACGUUGGAGGUGAUGGACACCGAAAAGGUCGGCAAGGACAGGAGUUUGGGAUCUGUUGAGGCAUUUGCCGGCGACUACGUGGUGCAGGACGAAAACGGCGAGUACUUGGCCAACGACGUAAAGAAGCUCCGAGAGGAUGGCCUACGUAUUCACGGCAAGGGCAUUGCCAAGGGAGUCCUGACCUACAACGUUUCUUUUUACCCCUGCCUCAAUGUCGCAGACCCUGAGGAAGAAGAAGAGGAGGAGAAGGAGAAGGAGAAGCAGGAGGAAGAGGCGGCCGCCAAGAACGACACGUCUUCCUCGUCUUCCUCCUCCUCAGACGAGGAGGCUGCCAAACCGGAGCCGAGAUCGUUGGAUGCUGGCAAGUUCAACGCCAACCUGGACAAGACCAAGGAUCUUGAACCUCUCACGCCUACAACCACCGGACGACUGUCGACGACCGAGCGACCUUCAACUGACGGACGCAAGGGCCCUCCCAAGAUCCGCCUCUCACCCGAGGAGCUCCUCAAAUACGAGACUGGUCUGCUCAUUUUCAGGCUUAUGGAAGCCGAGAUGCCAGAGAGCGGGACUCUGCUAGAGGUGUUCGUGGACGACAUGGCCUAUCCCUCCUAUGUCUCUUCAACCGCUCGCACCAAGUCCCACAAGUUUGAGGAGAUUGGAGACUGCCUUAUUCGUGAACUGGAUGUCUCACGCCUCACCCUGAAGUGUCGAAAGAAGGGCGAUGACGGCGAUGACAUCUUGGCUCAAUUGACUGGCAACACUCUGGAGACGUUGAAACAGUGCCUGAACAACCCGACGACGCUGAAGCUCAAGGGUGAGGACGGCCGGCCUGCCAGCGUCAAGGUGAGCUUGAAGUACAUCCCAGUCAAGAUGCAGCUCGACCCCAGCGAGAGCAUGAACAAUAUGGGUCAGCUUCGAGUGGACAUUCUUGACGCCGCCGACCUGCCCGCUGCCGACCGCAACGGCAAGAGUGACCCAUACUGCAAGUUUGAGCUCAACGGCCAGGAGAUCCAUAAGACCAAGGUCCAGAAGAAGACGCUCAACCCCACGUGGAACGAGUUCUUCGAAGUCCCCGUUCCCUCAAGGACUGGAGCAAACUUCAAGGUCACCGUGUACGACUACGACUUUGCCGAUAAGCCUGACCUGCUGGGAGAGGCGGAUAUCAACUUGGAAUCGCUGGAUCCUUUCAGGCCCUCGGAGACCAAGUACAUCCUAGAUGGAAAGUCGGGAAGCGUUAGAAUCCGACUUCUCUUCCGACCCGACUACGUCACCCGAACUCGGCAGGGCACCUCCACCUUUGGCGGAACGUUCAGCUCUGCGCCAGGACGCAUCGUCACCGGCGUGGCUGGUGCUCCCCUCAAGGGCGGUGUGGCAGUUGCCGGAGUCGUGGGUCACGGUGUUGGAAAGGGUGCGUCGUUUGUUCGCCGUGGCUUGUUCCGUAAGAAGGAUACGAACGAUAUUCUCGAGGAGGAAUCAGAGGUUGUGGAACCUCCUGCGCCAGUGCCUGUGCCAGUGCCAGCGCCAGCGCCAGUAGCUAACGGCGGCCUCCGACGAACACCCAUCAUCACGACGGAGGACAUGGAUUUCCCCCUUGGUCGCCCAUCAACCAGCAACGGCCACAAUGGCCACACUCGGUCUAAGAGCAUCGGGCAGUCGUCGGUCCACAGCACCCUGCCCGGGGGCGCACCAGGUGGUACAGCCCACUUUACGGUGGUUAGUGCGACGGGAUUCCCCCCGGCGUCUGAUCUGUACAUCAUCAUCACACAAAUCUCCCCCAAGGAGAAGUCGGUUGGAAAGACGAAACACUACAAGUCAGGAACCGGGCAGUGGGGAUUCGACGAAACGUUCAAGUUCCACUGCUCUCCAGACGCGCAAUUCAAGGUGGAGGCCAAGGGUGAACACUUGUUUGGCAGCGAUGAUGAACUCGGCGAGCACGUCUACUUUGUUGACGAGUCCGGUGACGGCUCAGCCAAGAACCUCGCCGUGGGCAGUGGAACUGUGACGAUCAAGAGCAACUUCCAGCCUGCGGAGCCGACCCUGACCCCUGACAGCCCCAAGGCGCACCUCCGCAGGAGCUUCCUCAGCAAGCGGGAGGGACGAUCCAGCAGGGAGACGACACCAAACCCCUAAGCUAUUCUGUUCGAGGACCGGGUGUUUGUACGGGGCAGAUUUCACUCUUCGAG